AGCUGCAGCUUCGUGCUGCAUUUAUCGUGCAUUGUACUCGUGCACAUUUUAUAUAAAUACACGUGUAUUCGUCUACAUAUAUGUGAAAAUUUUUCUUCUGUCACUAACGCGGAACACGUGCGACAGACUCGAAUCAACGAGGUACGACAAUUUGCUUAUCGCUCACGUGGCUAUACAGGUAUAACGUCUGAAGUUGAAACAGCUGCUCGCUGAUACACAUUUCCGCGAUGCAUUCCAAGUAUAUAUUAUACUGUGUGCUACGCCUGUAUAAUAUUUCUUUAUAAUACUUUUGUGUUUUCGAAAUUUCCGAUACGAUUCAGCGUUUGUUAAUUAAACUGCUAUAAAGAUGCCUUUAAAAAACUUGAAAGCAGCAGAUAUUCUGAAGGAUUUAGAAUCAAAGCUCGUAUAUGUCCCAGGCGGUCGUGAUCACUACGGACGACCUUUAAUAAUAAUUAAUGUACCACCGGAAUUUGAUUCAACAAUAAAGUCAAAAUUAGAGUCUCUCAUUUUAUAUUUUAUAUCAAUUUUCAGUGAGGAAACAAAGGAAAACGGAUUGGUCCUAAUUGUAGACGCGCGACACAGUGCAUGGCGCAUAACUAGAUCUUGUAUUAGACUUUCUACGAAUCUUAUAGGAUCUAAAAUCAUUUCUGUGAUCGUGAUACGGCCUGAUGGUUUUUGGGAUAAACGUGUCGAUAGUUGUACCAAGUCGCACAAAGAAGGCGAAGCAAUAUACGUUACUCUAACAAGGCUGCAUGUUUACAUCGAUUUUUCGCAAUUACCGUACGAAUUAGCAGGUAACAAGGCAUACAAUCACAUCGAAUGGAUUAAGAAACGUAUGAAAAUGGAAGAUUAUUCGAGAGAUGCGUUAGAUCUUGUAUCAAAGAUGACAAAUUUACAUCAAAGAUUAAAUACUCUUGAUGGUAUUCGAAUGAUGCAAUCCGAUGAUAUAGAAUCUCAUUGGGAGAUGAGCACAGAAUUGUUAUCAACGGCACGUUAUAUACUUCAAUCAGGUAGGAAUCUAGUGAGUUCUAUGAGUAGGGAAUCCUCUAAGGAUAUUUUGGAUACCAUUAAAGGAAUUCAUAAGUUACUCGACUCUAUCGAACUAAAGCAGAUGGACAUUGAAAAUUCGUGGACAGAGAUGGAACGUAAUUUGGAUACUGCCAGAGUAAUCGAAGAUCUUGAGCAAGGUGUGUCGAGCGUUACUGACUGGAUCUUAGGUCCAGCUGACACAAUGCUAAACUCCUGCUGUCAGGUUGGCUUCGAUGUUUUUUCGUCCGAGGAAUUCCGAAGGCAGCACGAAAAAAUUGAGCUUCAAUGUCGGGAGACCUAUGGGCGAUACGCAGAGCUGCUUCAUAAAAUCGAUGGUCUACCUAAAAAUAGACUACCAGAAGAUUUAAAAUCUCAAAGAGAUUUCAUGGAUUUUGUUUGUCGUAGUUUCGCUUCGCGGCUUGAAAGACGUAGAAAUGUAUUAAUCACUUCGCAAAGAUUCUUUAGACUUGUUUCUGAGUACUUCGAUAGGACGAGUGAAGUAUUCGAGCAGUUGGUCAUGGGCAAUAGAAAUUACAACUUUUCUCAAGCGAGCAUUAAGCUCUUAACUUUGGAAAAAAGUCAAACAAUUUUAGAUAGUUUAGAACGCGAGCUUGUAAAAGAAGGUGAAAAAUUGUCAGACAUUCUCUCUAUGCCCGUGAAGGAUGCACUUGGUCGAGAAGUUCAUGUUAAUUACGACGAAGAUAUUGUCAAUGUAAAAGAUAUACUGGAUGCAACAAAUGCCAGAAAGAAUAUAUUUAAUGACAGCGUGGAAUUACAGAAGCUGUCACUGAAACAGAUAAUUUUGAUAUAUACGUAUGAGAACGAUGCCGAACAAGCUGUUAAAUGGUUAAAUGAUUUAUUCAAUGUUUUACUUCAAAAUCACAUGGAAGUUGGAUGUAACGUAAAGGAAAUACAAUCGCAAAAAGAGGAGCAUCAAUCUUUCCAGGAAACAGCAAAAGGGACUUACGAGUAUGGUGGCCAAUUGGUGAAUGGGGCACGUGUACUGAGAUUAUCUUGCAGAAUAUCUCUAGAGGGUAAUGCUAAUCUCUUUUCGAAAUUACGACAGGCUUGGCGACAGUUCCGUUCUGUUAGUCAGGAACAAUUAACCAGACUACGAGUAUGUGCUGUUUUUCACAGGAACGUCGAAGAUCAUUGUACCGGAUUACAAAAUUUGACGGAAACAGUGACGGCUCUGUAUUAUUCUGCAAAAGAUGAAGAUGUAACGGUAAAAGCACGCGUCAAAAAAAGUAUAAGAGAUAUCCUUGAUAAUCGAGAGAAACUUUUAUUAGAAGUUGGUCGGAUGGUAAGGUUGGGUCGUCUCCUUAAGACGAGAUUGAAGGAACCCCUUUAUUGUCAAUCAAUGUCUGAGGAUGCUGAGGAUGCUUCGAUCCUCGGUGGUAAUUUAACAGCAGUCGAAGCUAUCUCGGUGAAAUUAGCAGAAGUUACGCGUCUCGCGGAAAAAUUGGAUGCGAGACUGUGUGAAGCUGGAGCUAAAACUCGACCGAUGUCUAUUCCUACUGUUGUGACGUCCUCUGCUUCGUCCUUGCUCUCGAUAACUCCUAUGUCGCCGUCAAAUACGUCCAUCUAUACAGCUUCUAACACGACUGCAUUGACGUCAAGUGUUACAGCUUCAGCCGUGUCUGUAAUUGCUCAAAUGCAUCCUGCAAUAACUUCGGAAACGGUGGCUACAAGAAUCAAAUCUGACGUAAUUAAAUCCAUUACUUCUACGGCGGAAAAAUUAGACGACAGUUUACUUCAUAUCCGUCCGUAUUUCGUAGAGGAUGUCGAAACAUCGAAUAAAGACUUUAACUCUAAGGAACUUAUCGAAAAUUCUCGUAGCGAAAGUGCAGCAGAAGAAUAUAAUGUCCAGGAGGGUUAUACAACAGCGACUGAAUGUUCAACAACUCCACCUCCACGUUCGAGGAGCGAAUCUUUCGUAACAUCGACGGAAUGCGAAGAUCUUUCUAUCAUUGCACCCGUGGUGACAUAUUCUGGUUCCACUUGGGGGGCCACGGAAAAGUCUAAACUAAUAACUACAAUUGCACCGCUUACUUCUACCCCGACCAAUGAAAACCAAAAAUUUGCUGAAGCAAUAUCAAAUAUUUCCACUAUCAACGUCAAACCAACGACACGAAUGGAAUCUAUGGAUAAAAUAACUAAUGAAAAAUCAAACAGAAUUGUAAAAGAAGUUACCGAGACAACCGUUUUGCGCGUUUUACACGAUAUUCGAUUAGGUGUAGCCUCUUAUAAAGUGAUAUCAGAUACCAUGCAAGAUCAUCGGCAACAUAUCGACGUGAAAGGUAUCAAAAAUGUGGAAUGUGUGCCAGAAGCAGAAUCGUACGAAAAAAUGGAUGAUAUUCAUCACCAUCUUGAUUUAUCUCCGUUUAAUGAAUCUAAAAAUUAUAUUAGCAAAAGUUUGAAAAAGAUGCAAUCGGAUCAAAAUAUUGCAACAAAACUCACGAAAAUCCGAGAAUAUAUGUUGAAUGAAGGUACAUGCUCCAAUUUGAGAGAAUACGAGGAUGUAUCGUUGUCUCCGCAAGAUCUUUUACAACAUCACGAGGAUAGUGGAAUUGAAAUGUCAUCGAUAAAAAAGGAUGAUAAUUUGGAAGGCGAAGAUUUUCUUGAAAGAGCAAGAAAGAGCGGCGAAUGGCUUAAGUUGAAAAUACUCGAGCUACAACCAGAAUUAACGAAACUUGGUGCUUCUGUAAAAGAGGCCACCGAACUCUCGAAUGCACACGAUCAAGUGUUACAUCGACUACAGAAUAAACAAAGCCCGGUAGAAGAAUUAUUGCGACAAGCUGAUCAAUUAAUCGCGACCCAGAGACCAAGAGCAGAAGUAUACACUGCCAUGGCAGAGACAUUAGGUCAGGCAUGGCGCGAUGUAAAUCAGCUUUUAGAACGUCGUAAGGAAAUACUCGACCGAAACGUAUUAUUUCAAUGUCGCGCGACAGAAUGUAGAGAACGCAUGGAGGCGUUAGAAAUGGCAUGUAACGACACGUUACUACCGAUCGAGAUAGAGGCAGUAAAAAGUUUUCUAUCCAAGAUUCAGGAUCUUCGCAAAGAUAUGUUGGAAGCAUUGAUGGGUGCAUUGCGUGAGGGUAAGACAUUGCUGGAUGAACUGAAGGAUUUGGUAAACGAAGGCACUUUAGAUUCUAGGCUGGAUACGAUUAAAGACGAAGCUAAUCAUGCUGUGUUGCGAGUUGAAAAAUGGCUGGAAGAACUUCACGAUAGAAGACGGCUGAUUGAGACAUCUUUUCGUAGCAGAAAAAUUCAAUUGGAGCAAUGUCUUGCUCUCGCGCUGCUCGCGACUGAUCUUCGUAAUCUCGAAGAAAUUCUCAAUAACAGAAUCGCUGUAUUAGAGAGCAGUUGCGAUCAAUUGGGAGAUUCUGUAUCUAGUGCAGAACUGCUCCUUUUUGAAUUAAAAAAAUUGCAAGUUGAAGCAAAGGAGUUUCAAGAUAAGGCCAUUAAAAUAACUAAAUCGACCGAACGAUUAGUGUCAUCGGGACACUUUGCAGGCGAACAAGCGACCGAACAGGCGUAUAUGAUUCUUAGUACUGCAGCCGAUUAUAUUAACGAUUUAGAUCAUUACAAUACAUUGUUCAAUAGAGCAAAGGCUUUUUUCGAUUUUGCACAAUCGGCUAUCACAAAAUUGGACCAGCUGGAAAUCCAGUUAAUGACAACGGAGUAUCCUUCCCAUUCUGCACGACUUGUACGUUUUCAUGCACAGACAGCGGCUACGAUAGAAGAUGUAAUUUCAAAGCCGUUAUCGGAAGGAUAUGCGCUGCUAGACAUCACGGGAAGAAAAGCGCCUGGUGCCGAGGGUGUAAGAAGUACUGUAGAAAAAUUGGAGAAUCGCAAACUUUCUUUGAUGGAACGAUGUACGGCUCAUAAAGAAGAAAAUUUGGAGGUUUCGAGUAUACUUGCUACAUUUUUAGAGAAGCACGAUGCAUUACAAGCUUGGCUAACUGAUAUCGUUAAGAUCUUUCUUCAAAAACAUCAAGAUAUGGGCAACGAUCUGACAAUGGCAUGCGAUUUUCAUCAAAUUCAUUAUCAAUUGCUAGCCGAAUUGGAAAAUAAAAGUGAGGAAGUAAAUCAUUUAGAAUUGGAAAUUCUUCCAAUCAUAGAACGCCUGGACGAAGUGCAGAAAUACGAAUUACGAUUAAAAAUAAAAAAUCUUGAAAACGAAUGGGCAAAAACAAAGAUUAUAAUGAUAAAAAGAAUCGAAUUGGGUACCAUUUAUAUACAGUUUCAUGAGAUUGUGGUAGAAUUAAAUAAUGAAAUGAAUUCUAUCGAUAAUGAAUUGAAAAAGUACGAAGAUAUAUUAGAUGAAGCUAGUUUCAAUAAACUAGAAGCAAGAUGGAAGUCUUUUGAGCUUCUUUACAAAAAACUUGAUAAACAUGCAAAGGCAUUUCUUAAUGAAACAAACAACAUGACUGAUGACCAUUAUCUCAAUAUAUCGCAAGCUUGUUUGUGCGUUCAGACUCUUUUAGAAAAAUUUGCUAAUCGGCAAUUGGUUUUAACGGAAUCGUGGAAAAAAUGGCAGACUACUAUUCAAAUAAUAAGACAAAGGCGAAUGGAAUAUGAGCAAAGAGUAGAAGAAAGUACAAAGACAUUAGCAUGGAUUACAAAAUUUGAGAUGACGCUGUAUCCAGUGAUAACAACACGAUCUUCUGAAAUAGUCGAUAUUUUAGAUAAUUUGGAAGAUGUAAGGAAACAAAAUUUAUUCGAGUUGAACAAAGCUCUUCAGGAAUUGAAUAUUCAAAUCAAAAGCAUUCAAGUAUUUGUCGAACGAGGUGAAGUAAAACCAGAUGAGCAAGUUUUAGGAAGAUUCGUGCAAAUGUAUGAAAAAGUGAACACUAUCAUCAAAGAUUACGAAAUAUUAUUGGAAUCUUUAAUUUUUAUCUUUAGGAAUCUUGAAGAGAUCGAGCGUAAAAUUGAUGAAGCAAAGCAAGAAGUUGAACGUGUGUUAAGUUCUACAAAGCUGAUUGAUGUAGACGGUUCAUUAAACAAACUUAACAUAUUAAAAACAUCUAUUACGGAAUUUUUACUACAAAUACGCACAAAAUCUGAAGAAAUAAUUGACAAUAUUAGACUACAAAAACCGUUAGAAUCAGCAACACAAGAUGUUGAAAAACUAAAACGCACAAUAGAUUCUGUGAACGUUAAAUUCGAAUUGUUUCAAACCGAAACAUCAAUCCAUCUCGAAAAACAUCGAUGUCUCUGUAUUUUUAAAGAGGAUAUUGAAAAGAUUAAUUUUGAUCUACGUGAAUUAAACGAACAGCUAAAAAAUAUGGAUGGAAGAAUUGGUGACAAUCUAUCGGUAUCAAAAGCGACGUUGGUUGCUUUCGAACAGUUUGAACAAACGAUAACGAUUUUGGAAGAAAGAAUUGAGACUUUUGUAAAAAAAACAGAAGAAACAAUUGUUCCAUUAACUCCACAAGUAACGGAUGAAAUUUUAUCUUUGCGAGACAGAUGGGAUCAUCUAAGGAAACAUGUUAGGGAUACCAAGAAGAGAAUGAAUUUAAGUAUUGAAUAUUUCAUGCUUUUAGAAGAAGCCAAGCAGUGGUUUAGGGAAGGUAGCAAACUUUUGGUGAUUGUUGCACGUAAAGCAACAGCCAUAAAAAUGCCUGAAGAGGCCGUCGAUUUACUGCGAGAAAUUGAUGCUUAUAUAAAGCCAGGUGAAGAGAAGCAGGAAAAAAGAAUUGAGAAGCUGAAACAAUUAUCGACAAUAAUUUUCGGUACAGACAGACUUCCGCAAUUCAACGAAGUGGUAGUAGAGAAUCGGCAAAUGCUAGAUUCCUUCGUAGUUAUUUCUUCCGAGUUGCAUACCCUGAGUCAAAAUUUACAGAAUGCCAAAGAUGUCCGAGAAAAGUUACGAAUCGAGAAGUUAGAAGCUGAUAAAAAGCUACAAGCUGCUAAAAUAGAAAUAGCCGCGGCGGAAGCUGCAAAAAUGGAAGCGGAAAAUGCAAAAAAACUUGCGGAACAGCUUACCGCCGAGACUUUAGACAAAGCUGCGAUAGAGGCAAAAAAAUUAAAAGAGGAAGAAGCACGAAAAAUUGUUGCUCCCAUUUCUCACUCCGUCUCCGCUCAAACUGAUGAGACUAUAAUUGAAGAAACAAUUACUUCCGCCAUGACAACGAAAGAAAUUCAUAUUCUUCAAAAAAUGGAAAUCGAGAAAAAUACUCCAGUUUUUCGAAAGGAAACUAGUCCACCAAGAAAGCUUGUAUCUGAAGAGAUAUCCGACGAAUUGCAUGAAUAUACCAAAGAAGCAAAAAUAAACAAAAUUGUUUCAUUAGCUCCAGAAUUUACGGUUCCUUUGAAUGAUGUGACGGUUCAAGAAGGUCAAAAAUUCACUUUUCAAUGUCAUCUAAUUGGUCAGCCGGUACCAGAAAUAAUAUGGUACAAAGAUGGAAUAUCGAUUUUGAAUAAUCCAGAUUAUUUAACAACUUAUAUAAACGGCGUUUGUACUUUAAAAAUAGAAGAAACAUUCGCUGAAGAUUCUGGCAAAUACACUUGCCGUGCAUUUAAUAUUCAUGGCUCUGUCGAAACAUCGGCCAUUCUCACUGUCAAAGAAAUGAUCACGAAAGAACAGCCAAAUGCUCCCGUUUUCAUGAAAGAAUUGCAGCCCUCCUUUGCGAGGGAAGGAUGUUCUCAUAAUUUAGAGUGCACUGUUAAAGGAAAUCCUCUUCCAACAGUACAAUGGUACAAAAAUGAUAGUAACAUUGAUAAUUCUCCGGACUAUAUUAUCACGUUUAAUAAUGGAGAAGCUGUUCUGAAAUUCGAUGAAGUUUUCUUGGAAGACAAGGCUUUAUAUACAUGUAAAGCAACAAACCAAUGGGGACAGUCAUCUACUACUGCUUUUCUAGACGUGAAACCCGCACAAAUUUCCGUAAAGAAGCCAUAUUUCGUGGUACCGUUAUCAAAUGCUAUGGCCAGGGCAGGGCAAAGAGUAAAACUAGAAUGCGAAGCUAACGGAGAUCCAGUUCCUGAAUUAAUCUGGACUCACGAUGGAAAAUUAAUUGAAGAAAGCAAAUAUUAUAAAAUUCAAACGGACGGUGCUCGAACGAGCUUAAUCAUUACGAAAGCUUUUCCGAAGGACGCCGGUUCUUACAUGGUGACUGCCAGUAAUGAAAUUGGAAAAGCCACCGUAUCUUGUACCGUUUCCGUGAAAGGACGUUUGCUUCAUGAGACCAGCGAAUCCGAUUUUGUUUGUAGCGACAUUUCGAAACCAAUAGUCCCGAAAUUUCAGUUAUCUUUGCAGGAUCUUAAAAUUCAAGAAGGACAAUCAGCGAGAUUAGAUUGCGUGAUUGUAGGUCAACCUGAACCGGAGGUAAUUUGGUACCACGAUGGACAGCCCGUAAAAGAAUCAUCAGACUUUCAAUUACUCUUCCAAGGUGAUCGGUGUUCAUUAAUUAUACAUGAAGCUUUUUUGGAUGAUGCCGGUGUAUAUAAAGUAGUUGCUAUCAAUUCUGGUGGCGAAGCUUCUAGCCAGUGUACAUUAACAAUUACGCCGGCAUCUCACGUUUCGAAUGUAAUCGAUCAAGUAAAGGAAAAGGAAGAAAUUUUGGCCAGUGAUUCCGUUCCAAAGUUCGUCAAACUUCCAACGGACUUGCUGGUGGCUGAAAGCGAAGAUGCAAUUUUCGAAUGUAUCGUAAUUGGCGAACCUAAACCUGAUUUAAAAUGGUACUCAGACGACGGUGAAAUGAUUCAUAACGGAAGAAUUUUGGUUGGAGAAAGGAAAGAUGGAACAGCUUUUUUGAAAAUAUCAUCAACGAUACCGGAAGAUAAGGGCAAUUAUGUGGCGAAAGCAAAAAACAUACACGGCGAGGCAAAAGCUUUCGCUAGAUUAGUUGUAAAAUCGCUUGGUGAUUUUAAAAGGAAUGAAGAAUUUAUUCAGAUGGAAGAAAAGCUGAUUCAACCAAUAUUCAAAGAAACCUUUCAGGAUAGAAAAAUACUCGAAGGAGUUUCAACAAAAUUCGAAUGCAUCAUCACUGGUAAACCUUCUCCUAAGGUUCAGUGGUUGUUUAAUGAGCGGCCGGUUCAUGGGAAAGAUUUUUUAGUUUCUGUUAGUGGGGAUCGACAAGUUUUGACAAUUCCUGAGGUCGGAGAUGCACAUGCUGGUACUAUUUCUUGUGUAGCAGAGAACGCGGCUGGUAAAGCGAUUUGUAGUGCUAAAAUCGAAAUUGAUAAUGGAUUAGUGAAGCCGGCUGCAAGUGAAGUAAAAAAAGUGUUUGAGUUAGUUCCACAUUUUCCUGCAGGCAUUAUGCAUCCUGCAAACAGUAGCGAUAAACACUUUUUAAGUGAGAAAACAUGUCACGAAGAUGGUGGUGAGAGUCAAGUGCUGACCAAAAUGUCGUCAACUGUAACACAUUCUUCAACAAAGUCCAUGAAAAAAGAAUUCUUAUCGUCUACUAUGACUUCCACUUUAUCACAAUCUGGAUACGAACCUACCAGCGUUUGCACGAAAACAACUGUGCAAAGUUCUGAACAGUCCACUUCAGAAAACGGAGCACCACCUGUCGUACAGUCUCACAAGAUUGAGGAGUAUGAAAAAAUCGUACAAGAGCAACCUGGCGAGAUGAGACAAGAGAAAACCGUUCUCGUGUCUGAAGAAACAGAAGGUGUGAAACACGAUGUUAAGACAGAUCAAAUUAAAAAACCAUCUAGGAAACUAAUAGCACCAAGAUUUAUUUCACCGAUUACAGGAAUGAUUGUCGAUCAAGGAACUGAUGUAGUUCUCGAAGGUAUCAUUGAUGGUUUUCCACAACCAACAAUUCUGUGGUCAAAAAACGGUCAAGACUUGAAGGAUAACAUAAAAACUAGUUAUGUUCAUAAUCACGUAAAAUUGGAACUAAAGAAUGUCAAUGUGAAAGAUGCUGGACGUUAUACCUGUACAGUGAGCAAUGAUGUUGGAAGAGCUAGUAGCACAGCUGACUUGGUCGUUAAAAAAACAAUAUUUCCUCCCGUUUUCGGCAAACGUUUGAAAGCUCAAGUAGCAAGGAAAGGAGAUCGUGUUAUUAUGGAAGUAGAAAUUACUGGUAUUCCUGAACCAAUAGUUAGUUGGUCUAAAAAUGAUGUGCCGAUUAAUGAACAAUCACAAAAAUUAAAAAUUAUCCAACAAGGAAAUUGCUACACGUUGUUAAUAGAUAAAGUGAAAGAAGAAGAUGCCGGCAAAUACAUGGUACGAGCAACAAACGCCGGUGGCGAAGCGCAGAGUAUCGCUGAUGUCGCGGUUUUCGAACCAAAACCUGAUACUAUGGUCGAAAUGCAUAAAACUGUCAUUUAUGAAAAUAUUCAGGAUAAAAGUGUCGUUCAGUCUGAAGAAAAAAAAGAGGAUGUAUCAUCAGGCAUUUUAACGAGCAAACAAAUACCAACGACAACGAUCGAGUUAGUCGAAUUGUCCAAGCCUAUUACGACAUCAACUACACUUGACACCGUGCAAAAGACCGACGGACCAGAAAUAAAAACUAGUAAAUCGGAAACGAUUUCGUCUAUAAUCGAAUCCCAUGAAACCGAAACAAAGUCAGAACAGAAGUUUCAUAUGAAACUAGAGCAUAAAACUCCAUCCAUUGUGGAAUCCAAACCACAAACCGAGCAAACGAUGAAGAAAGUCGACCGUGACAAAGAAAAUGUUACGAAGCCGUUAAUAAAAACGGAGGAAAUAUUAACAAUCGACAAUGAAAACGUAGAGACUUCUACGAUUGCAAAAAAAGAUGCACUGAGUUUUUUCGAGUCCAUUACGAAAGAAAGUGAGAUACAACCAAAAGGGCCAAAGGAAAUGAUUAAGUUGACAGAAGAUGGACAAGUUCAAGAAGCUAAAGUUGGAGAAUUGACAAAGAAUUAUGAGCAAGUAACUAUUUUUCAAGAAGCAAAGAAACCGGAAGCAAGACCGUCAGAGUUUCAAACAACAAAAAAGGCCGCUCAGAAUGUUUUUACUAAAUUAGAACAGGGAUCGCUGCCUCGCGGAGUGGAAAAUAAACUAUUUGAAUUUCCGUACGAGAGUCCUAAGUUGUCCCCAAUGGAGGUAAAAAAAACUGUAGAAGAAAGAAUAUCUUUCGAUUCGUCUAUUUCGCAAAUUCAGACGAAGAAUUCUGAAACGAAAAGUUUUGAUCUUGUGCCGGAACCACCUCCCGAAAUAUGCUAUAUGCCAAAACCGGAAGAGAAAAAAAAGCGACCUGAUGUAUUUGUCAAGGCAAAACAGCUUCAAGAAUCUUUCGAUAAGACACUAUCUCCGAUAGAUGCUCCAGUCGGAGGUGUAAAGAUCUUUCCUUCGUCUACUCAAAAAGUAUCAGAACCUAUCAAAGCUGCUGAACCUAUUCUCGCGUUUACGAUACCACCGCCAUUUGAACUCGAGAAAAAAGAAACAUUUCAAGAGUCAGGCAUACGAAAGAAAGAUGCGUUUGAGAAGAAGGAAAGCAAAUAUUUUAAAGAGGAAAAGAUGGCCGAACCAUGGAAAUACGUUUCAACAUCUAUUUUGAGAAGUACUUCUCCUAUCAGACCGUGGUCAUCAUCAUCAGAUGUGGAAACCAAAUCGCAUGUGUCAACGGAUCUAUCAGAAUACAGAUGUCAUUCGGCUGCCUCUAGUCAACAAGAGAUUUUGAGAUCUACAUCGCCAAAACCAUCUGCAAAUGCACUGGUGAUGGAAAAAUCUUGGGCGAAAAAAUGCGCAGAUUUAAAUAGAAAAUCAUGGCCACUGCAAACCAAAUCUAAUCAGAAAUACGAGUGGAAUGUUCCUGUUGAUGAAUACAAGAGCUCUUCGAGAGAAUUUCAGCAGAAAAUUGAAGAAACACCGCAAGGAGAAAUAAAGAGAAUUAGUACCGAAUCGUCUGCUAAUGUAGAAAAAUAUUCGUGGUGCAGCAAAGAAAAGUUCACAGAAAAGAUAGUGGAAGCAUCUCCGUCUACGUCGAAACUAGGUCCGAUAAUCUACAAUGCCGAGACGAUUAAAGUCGACCAUACUGUAAAUACUGCACAAGAGAAAUCUUUGUUCGAAAAAUAUAUUACUGAAAGCAACGUGGAAAAAACUAAAACGACACAGAAAUUUGAAGAUUUCAGCUCGAAACGUUGCUGGGCAGAAGACAAAGAAUUGAAGGCGCCUAGCUUGGUAAAGAAAGUCGACCCUGCAGCUACGAAACCGCUUGCAACAUCAUAUCGUCUUAUGGAGGAUGCAGGAAUAGAUUCGAUCGCUUUCAAGCCAGGAUCUCCUCCGGAAAUUGGAUAUAUUUCACCAUCUGUUGCAAAAGACGAAAUUGCAUUAAAACAUACUACGAGAGUACAAAAGAGAAUAGAAGAACCACCCGUACUUCCACCGAAGGAUGUACAUAUUACUCCGCCGCUUGUACCAGCCAAAACACCUGUCAAAUUCUCGACACCUGUAGUUCCAUCAAAAUUUAUUAAGAGUUCCUUUAGCCAUGAAAGUGAUUACGAGUCCGAUUUUGAUAGUCGUCCAAAAGCAAAAUGGAGACCUUACGAGAGCGAUAACGACGAACCACAUUAUCGAAGAGUCAAAGCUCCUAUUCCGAAACAGCCGCUAAGACCAAGGUCCACCGAACCUGAGCCACUUCCACCUUCUAAAUUUGAGACUCCUGCACAAUUUACAGGACCAUCUAAAUCACUCGUUACCACAGAAUCUUCCGAAAAAGCAGCGAGAAAAAUAACAUUUAAACGACACGAAAGAGAACAACUCAAGCAGCAACAACAGCAAAAUUCGAUUCCUUUGAAAGCCGGUUCUCCUCCAAUUUAUAUACAGCCGAGUACGAAGAGUUCCGCGCCAAAAUCUCCUGUCAAAAAACCGGAAUCUCCAAAGUUCAAAGUAAAAGUUUUUCAGCAAGAAAGCGGAUAUAUGGCGGAUACUGAUGAGCCAUUCCAGCAAAAGGCUUCAUUCAUGGCUACGCAAAAAUGUCUUGGAAAACGGGACGGUACCUCAUCAACAACGGUUCAUACUGAGAGCCGUAUAAGCACUGAGAAUAGAAUAAAGUCUUUUGAAAGUCGUAGUUACGAAAGUGACUAUUUGCAAAAAGAAGAAUCUUCCUUCGUCUCUCCAGCUAUUUGUGGUGCACAAGCGCCUUCCAAAGCUGUUCAACAACAACGUAGCUCAUUGGAAAAGAACUACGCAUCAGCAACUAGCAGCAGUCUGCGCAGAUUCGAAUCCAUGAAGGAAACGGGGCAUUCCCUAAACCAGUUACAUAGAAAAUUGACACCAGUGGAAAAAAUUUUGCCAAUCUCUCCAGGUCCUUCAAAAUUAAUGAAGGGUGACUUCCGCGAGAGCGAUUACGAGAGCGACUAUGAUAGCAAAAUAUCGUCAUAUCAGACAGUUAGCUCCACGAAAUUUGAUGUUGCCGAUUCAGGAAAAUCAAUGGAAUCAAAUUCAUCUAACAAGCAAUAUACAGUAGUCGUACCAACCAAACUAAAAACUGUUCUCCUACCUGGCUCUCCACCGGAAAUCGCGUAUGCAUCACCUCAGGAACAAUUUUACGAGGCACAUACAAGCAUGCCAUUUAUCAACGCGAUGGGCACAGAGACGAAAAAAACUAUGAGGAUGGACGAGUCGUCGGAGAAUGCUAGAAGAAUUGUUACUGUUGAGCAAACAAGCCGCGUCAUUAAGUUCGGCGACACUAAUGCUACAUCUGCUCAGAAACAGCAAAGGGUUAAUUACUAUGUGCCUAAACCGAAAAAAUUUGUGCAAGGACAAUUUCGAGAAUCUGAUUACGAGAGCGAUGUAGAUUCAAGCAGAAUUCGACCAAAAUGGGCUCCAACGGAUAGCGACACGGAGGAACCAUACUAUCGAAGAGUUCAACCUCCCACAGGAAGGAGUCCGAGAUCUUUGAGCGCACCAAUUAGACCGACAUAUAUCGCAUCGCCGAUGGAAUUUGAUACCGGUCCUCCGACGAUGUCGCAGAUCCACAGAGAAGAUACAGAUAAAAAAAUUAAUUUUCAAAAAUAUCAGGAGCAUACAACUUCCGGAAAGAUUGACAAUAUUUUACAGCCUGGUACACCGCCUGAAUACGGAUUCAUCUCGAGAAGUGACGUAAAAAGAGCAGCGGGCCGUAAGAGCAAUAACAAUGUUACAUCAUAUUUUUACAAUAUGUUUGUGAUAUAUGUGUAGAUAUAUUAUUUAUUU